AUGCUCUGUAGUGUCGGGCUUAUCAAGAUCCAACUCACCGCCAGCCAGGGCUUAAAGACCCUUCAUCCCACCCCAUCCGACCCUGCUAAGCCACGAGGCAUCAGUUAUAACACUUUCUUCAAGAGAGAGAGUAUUGUUUGUACGCUCGCCACGAGUAUUUCAAUCUGCUGCCAUAUCCUUCGCAUUCGAUAUGAUCGGCAAAUGCGUUGGGCACUGAUGAUCCUGGUUGUUCCCAUUACCUUGGUCAUUAUCGCGAUCAUCAUUCUCUUGUCGAUAUCAUGCGCUCCGCUUUGGAGCGAUAGUAUUCCUCCCAUAUGCGUGCCUGUUACGGGCAUGCAUACCGCCGCCUACAUGCAAUCCACAUUGACCAUCGUGGUCAAUCUGUACUUGACCUUAGCCCCUGCUACCAUCCUCAGGAGGGUACAAGUCCAGCGGGGGAGGAAGUUCUUUAUUUGCGGCCUCAUAAGCCUGGUUAAUAUGACGUGGCCCACGGUGUUUUGUAUCCUAGAGCAAUCUGCUGGAAUCAUCGCCGCCUCUAUGUCGACCUGCCUUCCUAUCUUCAAGAGGGGGAAAGCCAAGGAUGACAGCAGGAAUGGACUGCUGACCGGCAGGGAGAAUUAUUCCGAGCGCUUAGGUCAGUAUAGUGGUCUAGGAAAACCCAUUAGUGUCGAUCCAAUCUGCCAAGGUGGGAGGAGUACAGAGUAG